CCUGAAUAUCUGAAACUAUCUAUCCAUUCAUCGGAAAAUUAACCACAACGAUGGCGUCGGCAGCUCCAUCUAUUCUCCGCCUGAGAAUGUCCGUUAAAUUCGCGCCGCCGUCUCCACCUCCGAUUCUCCCCAAAUUAAUGUGUCCUUUUCUCGGCAACGGCGGCGCGAGGCGCUGCGCCGCGGCUCGGCUGGGGCCGAGCUGCGGUUCGCGAACCACGUGCUGGUUCCGGUUCGGGAAGAAUGGCGUCGACGCGGAAGGCGCCGGAAUUUACGGAAGCCAAUCUCGGAAUGAUUUCGACCGCGACGAUGUCGAGCAGUAUUUCAACUACAUGGGAAUGCUGGCUGUGGAGGGAUCGUACGACAAGAUGGAGGCUCUCCUGAACCAGAACAUUCACCCGGUGGAUAUUCUGCUGCUCAUGGCGGCCUCCGAGGGCGACAAGCCGAAGAUCGAGGAGCUGCUGAGAGCCGGAGCCGACUACACGGUCGAGGAUGCCGAGGGUCGAACUGCGGUCGACAGGGCUGUCAACGACGAGAUCAAGGAUUUCAUCCUCGGCUUCUCUGUUCAGAAGUCGUCGUGAUUCUUGGACUGCCUCUCGAGUUGUAAUUUCCUUACGGCUUCUCUUUGUUGUAGUAGAACGAACAUGCUCACCCCCCUCCCUGUGUUUAAUGCUGAAUUCAGAUUGCAUUGUGAAUCGAUGAUUAGCUGUAUGAGUAGAAUACAUACAGAAUGGUUUAUAUGGCAGUGGGUUCUGCCCACUACUGCUUGAAAUAGAGCUCGACGAGCUUCUUAAGGGUGUCGAAGACACUAGUGAAUGGAUUGAGGGCGACGGGGGCUUUAAGUUGUAGAUCUGGAAAUUGAUUGGUGAGAGCUUGUUGCAUCCCAGACAUGGACAUCAUUGCAGCGAGCUGACUGUUUGACAUCACCUCGCAAUCCUGAGGCGUGUCUUUGAUUUUGAUCGGAUCAUACCCGAGAGUUGCUAAAUAAGACUUGUAUUUCUCGAUGAAUUCUGGCCCCGGGUUUGGCUUCCGGGAGUAUAUCUG